CAGCUUGUCUGUUGUCCCUGUUGCUCAACCGCCCUGCUGGUGCUGCUGCUGCUGCUGGUGCCUGGGUGUUUUAUCAGACGAUUUCAGGCGCGGAAUGACUCACAGCAGUGUCGUGAAGAUGGGGUUCCUUUGGAGUACUGUCAUGUGCCCGGUGUGGAAGAGCUUCCGCCGAAGUUGAAGUUCUGGAAUGUCGCAGGAAAUUCAAAACGAAAGAGAAGUUAACCUUGGAAAUUUUAUUAGGCCUAUGUAGGCCUAUCUCUGGUUGGAAUUCUAUAGUAAAGGAUAAUAUUGACAGUGUGUUUAUCGCAGUCGACGAUAUGAUUAGGCUAUAGUAGUAGUAGUAGUAGUAGUAGUAGUAGAUGAAUUAGCCGUGCCCAGAACGCCCCCUUUUCGUUACCAUGACAACGACGAAACCAACUUUCCCCAUUGACCUGGACAGAGAGAUGUUACUGUCGGUAGAUAGUUACGCUUCUUCUUCUUCUUCGCCGUCGUCGUCCUCCUCCUCUUCCUCCUCUGACAGCGCCCUGUCCUCUCCCGACACCGAACUGUCCUCCUUCCGGUUCUCGAGUGACCUCGUUCCGCCGUAGUAGACGCCCUCGGCGACUUCGUCUUCCUAGGCCAGCGGACGCCGACACACAGCCGGACGCCGAACAAUUCCCCGGCGUCCCUCGACGUCCCCAUAGCGGCCCUCAUCGCCGUGAACGACGACUCGGCGGCGGCGACGCCCCCCACCACCACUACCACCACCACCGACAGCUGCUGCGCCGGGGUCGUGACCUCGCCGGAAACGAGCGUAACAUGGGCGGGCGGGAGGAGCAGAGGGCGUCCCUCCUAUAUUACCCACACGCCCACGUCGCGUAGCCGGGACUACUGCAGGUGGAGCGGGAAUGGCGUCGUCGCAGGGAAGGAAGGAGCCCCUCCUGCUGCCGCCCACGACGGAGGAGAACGACCAACGGAACAGGGGCGUUGCCCCGCGGGCAUUUUGCUUCCAACCUUGGCACCGUCUGCUCCUCCUCCUCCUCGUUGUGGUGGCACCGCUUUCGAGCCGUCAGUUCCUGCUGCAACGCUGACGGGUACGCGCGGCGUCGUCAGCAGUGCCAACUCCACGGCCGUCAUUCGGCAGUCGUCUUCCUUCGGGACGGGAGGAACGCCCUCUAGAGACGCCACGUCGUCUCCAUCACCCUCGAAGGAGCCCGCGGUGCUCAAUAGGGCUUGCGCCAGUGAUAUCAAAAGCCCAAAGGUCUGUGGUUAUUCCGAAGAAGAGCUUCAAAGACUCCAGAGCAGAAUGUGUAAUAACAAAGAGAAGAAAGAGAGUGAGGGGGGCGGUCGCCCCUCCUCCACCAGUAGUACCCAAAGUGUUUGCUCGCAGCCGUGCGCUGAAAAGUAUAACAGGCUAGCCAAGGAUCUCGGAGAAACGAAGGAUAAAUUGUUGUCCCUGGCUCUGCAGGUGGAAGAACAGGCCUCGCACAUCGCCAAACUCACGGAGGAGAACAAGCGCUACAUCCUGGAGAACGGCCGCAUGAAGAAGAAGAACAGCCACCGCUCUCCGCUGGGCGCCGCCAUGAACGAUGCCUCCUCCUACGGGCACGUCUUCCCCGCCGACACCACCGAGCUGGAAGACAAGAUCAUGGCGCUGCAACUGCAGAACAGCGAACUCAACGUGUGUCUGGAGCGCGAGAAGAGGCUCAGAAAAGAGGCCGAGUCUCGCCUCCACCGGGAUAUGGGAUACAUCAAGAGACUCGAGGACAGUGUCCAGACCCUAAGAGGCACUCGAGUCAUCAUGGACCCCAGCACUUACCGGCAGGUAGCGGAAGCAUACAUGGCCGCUAAGCGCACGCCCACCAGACGCCCUCACACCCAUAACGGCGUGCCUGGUUCGGACUUAGUCUGUGACGCCACCCGGAAUAACGUAUCGGACUCCCGCCAGAGGUUCUCCCACCCGGCACUCCACCACACCUCAAGCUGCCCCUCGGCGAAUUCCGUGACCGCGCCGACGUCGAACAGCGUGUACUCGAGCAUCGAGUACCCAGAAGUCACCAACGCCCCCAACAAGCCCAACAAGACGAAGAGGGAGCGCGGUGUGGCCCCCAACCAGGAUCUCGACAGAGGAUACGGGGUCGGAACCAACACCAUGAAUCCUUGGGACUACCAGCAACUCCUCGAGAGCCUGGAGGACUUGGAAGGCAGCAGCAGGGGCGCCUUGUCCUGAGAGAGCCCCUGCACUCCCAAGACAAGGGCUCUGCGAGACUUACCAUAUCCUUCUUUAUGCUGGAAGGCAUCAAGAUGAUACUCAUUGCCUACCGGGAUGCCGCUAGGUGGUCACUGGCCGCCUCUUCACUUCGGGUGACCGAGUGGCGACUGAGCCCCCCCUACCCCCACGAGGGGGCUGGGAGGUGAUAAGGUGUUAGAUGGAGUCUGGAGAUCUCUUGACAAAGACUUUUCCGAGGCCUGUGGAAAUUUCGGAGGUGGGUGCGAAGGUCGAAAACAAAGAGUUUGGCGUCGUUUAAGCUUGACCUUGUCCUCCGCCGCCGCUGCUGCGCUGCAUU